AGUACCCAUUGGCGCCUCCACAGCCAUCAGUCCAUCACACUUCACACAUGCAUUGCAUGCUCCCGAACAACAAGCACGCCAGAGCAGUCCGCGGCGGCGUGUCAAGGCCACCAUGUCCACGGAGAACUACGACCCCUGCUACCCCGACCAGCCGGUGGUCGACCGGUACCUCCCGGUAUGGGCCGAGCAGCCGGCGUUCGCCCGCAAGCCCGCCUUCGUCUGGGCCGACGAUGCCGGCGGUGGCGCGCCGUCGUACACCGCGCUGACAUACUCCGAGCUCAACACCGCCGCGCAACGCAUGGCUCUGGGCCUCCUCCAGACCGUACGCAGGGGCGACACCGUCCUCCUGCUCGGGUCGCCGGGCCUCCGCCUCGUCAAGCUCAUCUUCGCGUGCCAGCGCGCAGGCCUCGUCGCCGUGCCCAUCAUACCGCCCACCGACCCGUCCAAGCUCGGCACGUCCGCGCAGGGCGCGGCUCACCGCCACCUUCUGCGCGCCGUGGCGCAGACGAGGCCGGCCGCAGCCGUCGCCGACGACGCCGGGUACAUCGCCACGGUCCUGGAGUCUCCGGUCGCCGCACUGAAGCGGCUGCGGUGGCUGUCGGUCGCGCACUUGGAGAGCCGUGGUCCGCGUGACGUGGCCGCCGAUGAACGGACACGGACGGCGGCCUAUUGCGGCUGCGCGCCAGGGGAGACGUACCUGAUCCAGUACACGUCGGGCGCGACCGGCGCCCCGAGGCCCGUCGUGGUCACCGCGGGCGCCGCGGCGCACAACGUGCGCGCGGCCCGGAAGGCCUACGACCUCCACCCGGCCGGCGUCGUCGCGUCGUGGCUGCCGCAGUACCACGACUGCGGCCUCAUGUUCCUCCUCCUCACCGUCGUCGCCGGCGCCACGUGCGUGCUCGCCUCCCCCGCCGCCUUCGCCAGGCGCCCGCGCCUCUGGCUCGAGCUCGUCACCGAGUUCAAGGCCACGUGCACGCCUGUCCCGUCCUUCGCUCUGCCGCUGGUGCUCAAGCGCGGCCGGCGCUCCGAGCACGGCACGCGCCCACUCGACCUCGCGAGCCUACGGAACCUUAUCCUCGUAAACGAGCCCAUCUACAAGUCGCCGGUUGACGACUUCGUGGAAGAGUUCGGACGCGCCGGCCUGGACGCGUCGUCCAUCUCGCCGUCCUACGGACUGGCCGAGAACUGCACAUUCGUGUCCACCGCAUGGUGCGGUGGGCGGCCGAGCCUCCCGUCGUACAAGAAACUGUUGCCGUCCGCCAGGCUACCGUCGCUCGCGUCGUCUUCAGGCGAGGAGACGGAGAUCGAUAUCGUCGUCGUCGAUGGACGCACCGGAGAGCCCGUGGAGGACGGCGUGGAGGGGGAGAUAUGGGUUUCCUCGCCGAGCAACGCGUCGGGCUACCUCGGGCACCCGUCGGCGAGCCGCGAGGUCUUCCGCGCAAGGCUGCCAGGGACAGGCGGCACGAGUUUCGUGCGCACGGGCGACUGCGGCGUCGUGCGCGGGACGGAGCGGUAUCUCUACGUGCUCGGCCGGAGCACGGAUGCCAUUGCAAUCGACGGCGGGCAGGGGCAACGGCGCCUGCACGCGCACUACAUUGAGACGGCGGCUUUUCGCAGCUCGCCGGGCGCACUGCGAGGUGGCUGCGUCGUCGCCUUUGCUGCGCCGUCGCCUUCGUCUCCCGUGACGGUCGUCGUCGUGGCAGAGCUGCAAAAGGGGAGAGACAACGUGCAUCUUUCUAGCAUCUGCGACGGCAUAAGACGAGCCGUGUGGAAAGAAGAAGGCGCAAAGGUCGGGUGCGUCGUGCUGGUCGAUAGUGGUGGCGUGCCCAAGACUACGUCAGGGAAGCUGCGACGAGGCUACACGAGGGAUAUGCUCGCAGGCAAACUGAUCCCCAAGGUUUUCGAGGUGCUCUAUGACGAAUAUGCCAAGGGCGGCGCUACGCCUGAGAAGGAGACGGAGGUGUGUGGAACGAGUGCUAGUUGGGUAGUGGGAGAGGCAGCAGGGGACACCGCCGCAAGCAUGGUCGUCAUGGCCAGCGGGAAUGCUAGUCACCGCAUGCGUUUGCGGUCAUCUCUCUGAACUUGCUUGUACAACUGACGAGACUGAAGUCGAGUAUGGAUUUUUAUUUUUUUUAUCAUAAAAUCGGGGAAUCAUGUAUUGAAAAGGAAGCUGCCAGCACACCGGAGGAGUGCUAGGCAAGAUAACGAAGGUUAGAGUUUACAUGCGCA